CUGUACAGUUUUAUUAAGUCACAUGUUUCAAUCAUCAGCACCAUUGUCUGUUAAAGCCUGCUCUCAUUCCCUGCACUGAAGCAAGCACAGCAAUGUAUGACUUUUAAGGAUGGAGGAAGAAAUCACUUAUUCUACAGUGGUUUUUAAAAAUGAUGGUCCAGCUCCAAAAGAGAAAAAAGAGGACCCAGUAAAACCUAAAGGUACUACUACUACUGUACCAGAUGGUGAAGCAGCUGCACACUCUGACUUUCGUGUGUUGGCUGUGUGUUUGGGGAUACUCUGUGUACUCCUGGUGGCGAGCAUCAGUGCCACCAUCUACAUCAGUGUGGUAAUGACUGAAAAGAAAGCAAACCUCAGGAAACUCACAGCAGCAAAUCAGCAGCUGGUCAUGGAGAGGAACAUCUUAAAGAGACAGACAGAGGAGAUGAGCAGAGUCACAGAUAAUCUCAACCGGACGCUGGGAUUCAUCCAGAAAUUUGACAACUUUCCUGUAGAGGAAUACUGCCCAGAAAAGAAGUGUCAGCCUUGUAAGAGAAACUGGAUUCUGUUCCAGAAAAAGUGCUACCUGUUUUACAAUGAAAACCCUCCUUGGAAGACAUGGGAAGAUAGCCAAAAAUAUUGCCAAAAGACAAUUGCAGAUCUGGUUGUUAUUGAUAGUCUACAAGAACAGGAAUUCAUCAAUAAUCACAUCAAGUACUACUACGACAAAGACCAUGGAUACUGGUUGGGGUUACAUGACAAAAAUAGUGACAAUAACUGGCUCUGGGUUGAUGGACACAAUGACACUGUAAGGUACUGGAUUAAGAAGGACAUUGUUACCACUGACAAAUGUGCACUGGUGAUUCCUGAGAAACAACCUACAGCCAGCUGGAACCCAGCAUACUGUAAAAUGGAGAACAAAUUCAUCUGUGAGGCUGAAACUCUGAUAUGGUCUAAUUAGCCCUAUGCUUGUUUUCUCAAAGUAUUCAUGCUCUUUAUGUUGCAUGCCAAACUACAGCUAGCUCUAAUUUGUAAUCAUCUUUGAAUUAUGGCAACUAGAUAUCAGUGACCUUUGCUGCGAAGACACUGUAUAUUAUACCCAAAUAUCAAUGUUAUUCAAUGUAGUAUCAUUGAAUAUAAGUCAGUGGAACAUGUGAUCACUGCUCAGUGUUUCUUAACAAUGAUCCAAAAUUCUAAAUCUUAAGUAAGUGGACUUGUGCAACAUCUACGCGAAACAUUUGCAAACUGAUACAACAAAGUUGCUACAAGUUGUGUACUCAUAUGCAGAAGUUCCUGGAGUUACGUAAUGACCAAUGUGUCUUAAUGUGUCGUGCAAAAAAUUAGAAAAACGGUCCUUUUCGACAUGUGUGACAAAUGCAGUUUGAUGUGUCACAUUUAAUUUGCAUAUUAAGUUCAGAAUUUCAUGUAAUACCGAGUGUGUCAUCUAUCUUACGUGCACUUCCAUGUUUUGCCUCCUUUCAAUAAAAUGACAGUUGUCUACACUAAA